AAUUCAACUGCUUCACAAAUGUAACACCUGGGUAUGAAGUUUGUCUCUAGAGCCGGGCCUCGUGGAAUACGAUCGUAUUAUAAAAUAUCCCACCGGAAACCGUUCAACAAAUAUCAACCGAUCGCAAUUUCGACGCAUCGAUAUAGACAUCAACAAGUGCCGCUCAACACACCUGAGCCUUUCGUAAGGCGAUUGUAUUUACAAACGCGGUUAGCCACGCGAGGACGGUCUGAUAACAAGUUAGAAACGCGCGCGACAAAAGCAGCAACUACCACGCGGCACAACUUCAGUCUGCCGUUGGUUCUGGACGGCUCUGGACACUUCGUUAACGCGACGUCGGUGACUUCUCUCAACGCGUAGAGAUGAACGGGAACGUGGUGAGCGUGCGCUCCAGGCACGAGAACGGAGACUCGUCGAGGCUUCACGAAGUAAACGGCGGCCCGUUGCACGCAUUCCAGCCUUCAGAGGGCACAGUAUCUCUCGACCAAAUGAACAUAAAACAUCUCGAAAAUCGCAUGCAGGUUCUACGUCAGUCUCUCGUUGACGACAUAGACGCGCAACUAAACAGCAUGAUGUCCGAAGUAAUCGAACGCUUGCAAGAGAGCAAUCCAAAGCAAAAUGGUUAUCACAAAGGAGCGUCCGACCACAAGCAAGAGAGAAAAGGCGGAGAAAAGCAGUUCAUCCCGAGGAAUUCGUAUCUCACCGAUCUAUUCAAAGUAAAUCACAUUCGAACGAUUUACAACAUAUUCGCGGCGAUGCUGCUCGUUCUAUUUUUGAACACGGUGGUGCACGACUACAUCCAGACUGGCACGACACACGUGGGCUUGAGAACUAUCAAAACUGGCUUCGGAAGCGUGUACGACAUUGUCGAGAUUUGGAUGAUUAUGGUAGCCUCCACUUUCUUUAUCUACCUGGAAUUCUCCCUGUGGGCGAAUAAACAUAACGAGCUUGCUCCAAAAUCUAUCUCCAGGAAAAUUUGGGACUACGCUUCGUUGUUUGUAUUUAUAACUCAUCAAACUCUAUUUAUAAUGGUGCCUGCAAAACUCACGAUCGAUAAACACUUUCCCGCAGCCGCUGGUAUUCUCGUUUUGAUGGAACAAGUUCGCAUGCUAAUGAAGACGCACGCUUUUGUAAGGAGUAAUGUUCCUCGAGUUUUGGCAUAUAAGCCUAAAGACGAAAACAGCGAGGCCUCGUUUUAUCCGCAAUUUUCCAAGUUCUUGUACUUCAUGUUUGCACCAACCUUUAUCUACAGAGAUGAGUAUCCAAGAACUAAAAGUAUCAGAUGGAAAGUGGUAAUGUGGAACGUUGCAGAAAUACUGAUGAUCGUUUUCUAUGUAGCUUUCAUACUCGAGCGCUUCAUAAUACCGCCCUUUGAAAAGUACGGCCCGCGAAUUUUCGAAAUCCAAUUCGUCGUUCUCACAGUUUUCAGCUCGAUGUUGCCCGCUAUCGUCAUGUUUCUAUUUGGGUUUUACUGUAUACUUCACGCCUGUCAGAAUGCUAUGGCGGAAUUGCUGAGGUUUGCCGACCGACAAUUUUACAAAGACUGGUGGAAUUGCACGUCUUUCAGUGCCUUCUAUAGAACUUGGAACAUCCCUGUUCACGAUUGGCUCCACGAGUACAUCUAUAAAGACGUUCACGUAAAGUGCCACAGUAAAGUUUUCGCGAUCGCGAUGACGUUCGCCGUGUCUGCCCUCUUUCAUGAGUAUAUCUUGGCUCUCGCUUUUGGAUUUUUCUAUCCAGUGUUAUUUAUUUCUUUCGCCGGAUUUAGUUUGCUUCUUGUCUUCCUUAUGAAGAAUUAUUCGAAAAUGGAUGGAAACAUUUAUAUGUGGUUAGCUUUGAUUGUGGGAAAUGGAAUUGUUUAUACUCUCUAUCCUAUGGAAUUUUAUGCGAGAUCGAAUUGUCCCCCUUACAGUGAUCACCUGUUAGAUUCUAUUUUACCUAGAAGUUGGAUUUGUCAUAAAAUCUCCAACGACACCUCAAGUGUUAAUUAAAAAAUAAAAGAUGAAGCUAAUAUUCAAGAAA